UUUUUGAUAAAAACAAAUGACAAGAUAUUUCCAUUCUUUUUGUGUUUCUUUCUUAUAAUCUUAUUUCAAUUGUUAUUUUCAAGAACUAUUUGCAUUCAAAAAUAUUGAAGUGUUCAGGAUAUCAUGUGAUCAUUUAGGUAUUUAGUUUAUUAUUUGGUUAAAAGUGGUGUAUAUAGAUUGUAAAGGAAAUAGUGUUGAGCUGCAUACUGUUUGGUUUUCUUAAGAAGCCAGAAAAAUGUCCCAUAAACAUUGCGAUAGUGCUCGCCGCCAAAAAGAUUAUGAAGGAUUAUUCGGAAAUAAUGUGAUUUAAACACACUUCGAGUUCGAACAAAAUUUUAUGCUGUAAAACAAGAUUUGAAACAAUAAAUAUCGUUAUUUAAGUUAACCAAAAUGUAAAAGCCAUAUUGAUGCACUUAUUUAUUUAUAUGAAGGCAACAUAGAUUAUUCUCAGUGAGUCAUGGCCAGGAAAUCGUUACACAAUUAUAAUUUUUGAUUGUUGUGAUUCAUGUAAUGUUUUUAUAAAUUUUUUAAAAUAAAAGGAAAAGAAAGCAGUAACAUGAUCUGGGGUGCUAUUAUAUAAAAAUUAAGCUUAAUGGUGUUCAUCGACGAAAUUAUAUUAUUAUCGAAUUAUUAGAAUCAAUGAUUCAGACAACAUUAAUCCAUACUAAACGCAUAGACAGAUAGUGUGCUGCAAGACAAAAUGUGGAAUUGUCAAAUGCGCUACCAUAUUGCACUUGGCUUGAAUGUGAAAAAUAACGUUCUACGAUACAAAUUAGGAAAGGGAAUUUUAAAACAUACUAUCCUCUUCACUAAAUGAAUACAGAAAAUUAUAUACAAACAAACGAAGGUAUUUUAUUGCAUUUUUUUUUUCAAUCAAUUACAUUUUUAAAAGGUCAUUUUUUCGAGCGCAUUCUAAACAAAAAUUCUGCGGCUCUGUUAAAAAUCAAAAUUUAUUGUUGCGCAUCGAUUUUCCACGACAUGACUCAAUGUUUAGUAUUUAGUAUUGGUAUGUUGCCUUUUUUAAAUGAACUGAAGUGUAUGAGUAAGCAAAUUUAACUAAAAGCAGUAAAAAUAAAAUAAAUAAUGGCAGUAUCAAGUAUGUAUGCAGAACAGCGUACUAACUGUUUGCAACAACUGCGCAGCUUUGGAACUAUAACAGCUUAUCAAGUGCGAUCCAACUUUCAUCGAGGAUGGCGGGCUUUAUGCCGAUGUAAACAUAAAAGAAGAAACUCUCCUAUUUCUCUUCAUCGAUCGUCCACUGGUUUUGGAAACAAAAAUGACGAUGAUGCAACAACAUCAGGUGUUACUCUCGAUGAUGUAGACAAAAGGGUAAUAUUCAUAAAUAGGCCACAAUUACAAAAAUUUUGCAGUAAUCACAUAUCAACUGCAAAAUAUAAUUUUAUAAGCUUUUUACCUUCGUUCCUUUUUGAACAAUUUAGGCGUUAUUCGAAUUGCUUUUUCUUACUAAUCGCAUUACUACAACAAAUUCCUGAUGUUUCACCAACUGGUAGAUACACAACAUUAGUUCCAUUAAUAUUUAUACUAGCAGUCAGUGCGAUUAAAGAAAUUAUAGAGGAUUUUAAACGACAUAGAGCCGAUAAUGAAAUCAAUCACAGACUUGUUGAAACAUUACGUGAAGGUACCUGGAAUCUUGUUCGAUGGCAAGAACUUUGCGUGGGAGACAUUGUCAAAAUACAGAACAAUACGUUUUUUCCAGCUGAUCUAUUAUUACUCUCUUCAAGUGAACCUCAGGGAAUGUCGUUUAUUGAAACAGCAAACUUAGACGGCGAAACAAAUCUGAAAAUUCGACAAGGUGUUUCAUCGACCGCCAAAUUACUAGAAACAAAAGACCUUCUCUAUUUUCAUGGAGUUAUCGAAUGUGAACUCCCUAAUCGACAUCUCUAUGAAUUUAAUGGAGUUCUGAAAGAUCAAGAAAUACCUGCUUUAGCUUUGGGUCCAGAUCAAGUGCUUCAACGUGGGGCUGUUCUUCGUAAUACAUCUUGGGUAUUUGGUAUCGUUAUAUAUACCGGCCACGAUACAAAGCUCAUGAGAAAUUCUACCUCAGCACCAUUGAAACGUUCAACCGUCGACAGACUGACAAACACACAGAUUUUAAUGUUAUUUUUAAUUUUAAUUGUUCUUUGUCUAACAAGUGCCCUUUUUAAUGUACUUUGGACAAGUAAUCACUUCAUAUCAGAUUGGUAUCUUGGAAUUGAUGAUAUAAAAAGCAAAAAUUUUGGAUACAAUCUUCUUACUUUCAUCAUCUUAUACAAUAAUUUGAUUCCAAUUUCGUUGCAAGUCACUCUGGAAUUAGUACGUUUCUUACAGGCUAUAUUCAUCAACUUUGACAUUGAAAUGUAUAACGAAGAAUCAAAUACUCCGGCGAUGGCGAGAACCUCAAAUCUCAAUGAAGAAUUGGGAAUGGUAAAAUAUAUAUUUUCUGAUAAAACAGGAACGCUUACGCGUAAUGUUAUGGAAUUCAAGAGAUGUUCUAUAGCGCGAUACAUUUAUAUGAAUGAAAAAACACCGGAACAAUCACUUUUAGUGCAAAAUUUAUUAUGUAAACACCAAACCUCUCCAGUUAUUAGAGAAUUUAUGGUUCUCCUUGCUGUUUGUCAUACCGUUAUACCAGAGAAAAACGACGAUGGUUCUAUUAUUUACCAUGCUGCAAGCCCUGACGAGCGCGCUCUCGUCGACGGUGCUAAACGUUUUGGAUUUGUGUUUGACACUAGAACACCUAGUUAUGUUGAAAUAGACGCACUAGGUCAACGUGAACGAUAUGAAAUCCUUAAUGUCCUUGAAUUUACCUCAACAAGAAAACGAAUGUCAGUUAUAGUACGAACCCCAGAGGGUGAAAUAAAAUUAUUAUGUAAAGGUGCAGACACUGUUAUUUAUGAACGCCUGUCACCUGACGGUCAAGCAUACCGUGAAGUUACUCUACGCCAUUUGGAAGAAUUUGCUUCAGAAGGUUUGAGAACUCUUUGCUGCGCCGUAUCUGUGAUUCCUGAUGAAGUCUACAAUGAGUGGAAAGAAACUUAUAACAAGGCAUCCACUUCAAUGCAGUACAGAGAGAGAAAAGUUGAAGACGCAGCUAACUUAAUCGAAAACAAUUUAAUGCUCCUGGGAGCAACCGCUAUCGAAGAUAAAUUGCAAGAAGGUGUUCCGGAAACAAUAGCAGCCCUUCUUGAAGCUGGAAUUUAUAUCUGGGUAUUAACUGGAGAUAAACAAGAAACCGCUAUUAAUAUUGGCUAUUCUUGCAAGCUGAUAUCACAUUCAAUGGAUCUCAUUAUCUUAAAUGAAGAUAGUUUAGACAACACUCGAGAUGUAAUCCAUCGGCACUGUGGAGAACUAAAAAACGCCGAUGUAAAAGGCUGUAAUGUGGCCUUAAUCGUUGAUGGUAAAACGUUGAAAUAUGCAUUAAGCUGCGAUCUUCGCCGAGACUUUUUAGAGCUCUGCAUUACCUGUCGUGUCGUAAUAUGCUGUCGUGUCUCGCCGAUUCAAAAGGCUGAAGUAGUUGAUCUAGUAACGACACAUACAAACUCUGUCACGUUGGCCAUCGGCGAUGGAGCUAAUGAUGUGGCCAUGAUUCAAAAAGCUCACGUUGGUGUAGGAAUAUCUGGAGUCGAAGGUUUACAAGCAGCUUGUGCUUCAGAUUAUUCCAUCGCCCAGUUUCGUUAUUUGUUGCGACUGUUAUUGGUGCAUGGGGCAUGGAACUAUAGUCGAAUGUGUAAACUCAUUUUGUAUAGCUUUUACAAGAAUGUCUGUCUGUAUGUAAUUGAGCUUUGGUUUGCUUUGUACUCGGGAUGGUCUGGUCAAAUUCUAUUUGAGCGAUGGACUAUAGGUUUGUAUAAUGUGGUGUUCACUGCUUUACCACCUUUUGCUAUGGGACUUUUUGAAAAAGUUUGUUCAGCGGAAACGAUGCUUAAAUACCCUGCGUUAUAUAAGCCUUCACAAAACGCCAAACUGUUCAAUGUGAAAGUGUUUUGGGUGUGGAUCUUUAAUGCGUUGUUGCAUUCAGUGAUGCUCUUUUGGCUGCCAAUGCUAGCAUAUCGCUCAGAAGUGAUAUGGAGCGAUGGAAAAACGGGUGGAUAUCUCAUCCUCGGAAACAUGGUCUAUACGUACGUCGUUGUGACUGUAUGCCUAAAAGCCGGACUAUCUACAAACUCAUGGACAUGGCUAACGCACUGUUCUAUUUGGGGAUCUAUUGUUCUAUGGUUCGUGUUUAUUGUCGCAUACAGUAACAUUUGGCCAACUCUACCGUUUGCUGCUGUUUUCCGUGGAAUGGAUAGAAUACUGUUUUCAUCACCGGUUUUCUGGAUGGGAUUAUUUUUAAUUCCAAUUGCAACGUUGUUGGUCGAUGUUGUUUUUAAACUAGUUCAUAACACAGUAUUCAAAUCAUUAACAGAAGCGGUGAGAGAAUCCGAAAUCAAACAACGUGAUCCAGGUCAUGUUAUGCGAGAAUCGAGAUCAUCAUUUACUGAAACGGCUAGACUGUUGCGAAAUGUGUUUACACGACGUGCUAACACCAGAGUCGACACGGAACUCGAAUUAUCGCAUGGUUACGCAUUCUCUCAAGAAGAAGGUGGAGCUGUUCCUCAAUCCGCUGUAAUACGUGCGUAUGAUACAAAUCUUCGUAAGCCCGAAGGAAACUAAACCAACGGAAACUAAUUUUUUUAUUCAGAAACAAGUUUAAUAGUGACUUCAAAAUAGCACUAGAGAUGUUUAUAUAAGAAAUACUUAAAGCCUUAACUAAAGAAAUUAAUAUUACUCAUGAAACCAAUUCAUUAUUUAUUAUUAAUUUUGUGUUUAUAAUACCGUUGAUUUCAUAUUAAAUAUAUUUUAUAUAUUGUAUUUAAUAUUUUCUAAAUAACAUAAAUAUGUAAAAAUUAUGCUAUAUAUUACUUUUGCUAUUUGUAUAAAAUGAUGUUGUAAAACUUAAAAAGAAUGUGUUAUAUUUUGAUCUUUAAAUAAAAUACUCCGGUAUUUAAAUGGAAAAACCUUCAAGAUGAAGUAUGUAUGAAUUAAAAUAUGGUUAACUCUAAGUACUCUAAACGUAUACAAGGACUGGAAAUGAUUAUAAAUGUUAAUAUGUAUGAUAUUUUCGCUAUUUGAUUUUUAAAUUGCCAAUCAUUUCUUGUAACAUUGAUUUAAAAUUUUAUAUUGGGUUUUAAGGAUUCUUUAUAUUACAAAAAAGUUUGUAUUUAUUAACCUUUGUCGAAUUUCAUGUAUUUUUAAAUGCAUAUGUACAAAAUAAAAAAUAUAUAAACUUCACAGUAA